CUAUGGAACAAAACUACUCCCUCUAAACAAGAAAGAGAGUGAAUUGAAGAGCGUGAUGUAUCACUUUGAUAUUGAUGGAAACCAGGAGGCAAAGGCGCUUAAAAAGAUUCUCUGGGUUUCUUUUUUGUGACCUUCCAGAUUAAUGAUAACUGUUUCCAUUUCACUCUCAAAUAAAGGAUGGCGAGUUUUGCAGAUUUUAAGGGUGCUAUACGAAGCGUACCAUAGCUGUUAUGCGUUUCAUUUUCAUGAUCUUUCGCUGGUUGUUGUCUCACAACCAACCAGCACCUAAUCUGAGACGAAAAUGGCUAACGAAGAAGAGCAAACGUAUAAGCAAGAUCCUCUGUUCUUGCACAACUCAGAUCAUCCAGGGAUGAUUCUUACUACAACGAAGCUGACUGGAACAAAUUUCAUUCCAUGGAGCCGAUCGAUCAAGAUUGCUCUGAUUUCGAAAAUGAAGAUAGGAUUCAUCAAUGGAAUGUGCAGGAAACCAGACACAUCUUCACCAAAUUGUGCUCAAUGGGAACGAUGCGACAACAUGGUGUUUAGUUGGAUCCUGAACUCGAUUCAACCUGAUCUGGCAGAAGCCUUCUUGUACGCGACAUCCUCACAGGAACUGUGGAACGAAUUGAUGGAGCGAUUUGGUGAAAGCAAUGGACCCCUGAUUUACCAAAUUGAGAAGAAAAUUGCAGACAUCAGGCAGAACAAUGAUCCAGUUGGUGUGUAUUUCACAAAAUUGAAGAAACUUUGGGAUGAACUGACUAAUGUUGAAAGGCAAAAAUCAAUCACUGGAAUUCAAGUUCUGGGAAGUGAAAUGGCUGCUUAUGCUGGAAGUGAUGCUGAAUCACAUGCCUUAUAUGCUGGAAAAGGUGGUGGACCACGCCAAAACUAUUUCAACAAGACUGAUCCUAAGAAGACUAGAAGAGUAUGUGAAUAUUGCAAGGAAACUGGACAUCUCAAGGAUCAAUGUUUCAAACUUGUGGGAUAUCCAGAUUGGUUCAAAGGUCCUAAAGGAAAGAAAGGACAAAAUGGUCAUGGGAAUAACAGAUUUGCAGCAAAUACCACAACACACUCCCAAGACAUUCAAUCUGACAGUCCUUUGGAUGAAAUGAAUAUGGGACAGGGAUUGUUUCAGAAUAAUCCUGGCUUUGUUCAACAUGUGGCUCAAGAGAUGAUGAGGCUGAUGUUAGACAAGGCACACAUAAAUUCUGCAGAAGCAAGUUCAUCACAUGCCUAUGCACACCUUGCAGUCAAGAGAAUGAGAGUAACUCUUGUAACUUGCACCAGAGAUUAGCAAUGAGAUACUUUAGAGACGGGGUAUCCAACCUAAGGAAGAAGACUUCGAAGAUCUAAGACAAUGGUCCUGCCAAGAAUUGGGGGCGAUGGGCCAACAAAGCUAGGAUGUCUGA